GUGAAAGAGUCUCACACACAGGAGCAGAAAGGCGACGAGCAGGAGGGUAUGAACCAUGAAUCCAAUAAAUCACCAUCAUUAGGAAUGAUCUCCACGGCAACUCGCACCACAGCUACAGUCAGUCCCCUCAGCCCACUAACCAAUGGGAACGCGGUUGCCCAGUCUGCAAACUCCGGAUUCGCUGCUGCCCUUCGUAAACUGGCCAAACAGGCCGAAGAUCCCAGAGGUUCUGCCGUUAACGGAGAAUCGUCUCCAGUCUCCUCCCCGGCCACCAAUCACAGCUCGCCGGUCUCCACCCCUAAGCGCGGCUCAUUAGGGCCCCUUUUGGGUCAGAACAGGGGCCACGGAGUACCAAGCACCCCUCCCGUGGUCACCAUUGCGCCCACCAAGACCAGCAACGGCCUGUGGAGGGCUGAGGGACGGCAG